AGUCAACACGAGCAAAUAUUUCACAGUUGCCUCGAGCGCAUUAUAGCUGAUUUACUUUCGCUGUUUGAGGCUGAGAAUCUGUUUGCACAUUAUAAAGGUAAUCCAUGGGGCGUGCCAUCAUCCCUUUCGCUGUGCAACUGGAAGACUUUUCGGAAUCACAUGAAAGGUGGGCUUAGCACUUGAUCACAUCUGAAGAGCCGUUGGCAAGCAACUGCAGAAAAGCUGUUCCGGGAAGGUUUAUACAGCGAGUUCGUUUGGAAGGGCGCGGCUUUGUGCCUAGGAAGGGCGCUUUCAAGGGAGAGAGCUCGUCCACGGAACACGCGGCGCACACUCUGCACAAAGGAGGACACGAGUGGAGGAUCAGAGGAAAUCGAGAACUAAAAGAAGUCUAUAAGCAACC